CUCGCGGGGAACGGCGGCCGAGGGGCAUGCGCUCUCAGAAAGGCGGUAGAGGAGACAGAAGCGCAGUCCCACCCCAGACAGUGAAGAAGCUUCUGGAGCAGAAGAGACGGCAGCAGACAGCACUGGGCUAUGCGGCCAGCUCUCAGGUCCCAACAGAUGCCAUUGACCCUUCCCAGACAGAUGAGUGCCCGGAGCCCAUGGGGCUGGGAAGGGGAUCUGUGGGGGAAUCUGCCCCUGCCCCCCCCCUGGCUCCCUACCCACCUUGGCAGGUCGACCCCUCAUGCCAUGCGGCCUUCCCCGACUGCCACUAUCACUGCUCGGCCGCGGCCAGCAGCUACCAGCCCCCAGGACCCACGUACGAUGCAACAGACUCCUAUGCCCCCGUGGGGACCGGGGUGUUUGGAGCAGGGGAUCCCUACAGCACCAUGAUGGCAGCCACAGGGGACUUGGAGGUCCCUGUGUCAGCCCCCUCACUGGGCCUGUUCCCAACUCCACAGGCAUCCACUGCCCCCUGGAUGCAGCCUGCCCGGAGCACCCCCUAUUCUGACCCCCUAGAGCUGGGCAGCUUCGGGGACCCGGUUGGGGUGCUGGAUCCCAGGGAGCUGGCUACGGCCCGAGCUGAGAUCCGGAGCAUGGACCCGGCGCGGCUGCUGCAUCAGGAUGAAGAUGGGGACACGUGA